AUGGCAGACCCAGUGGCGAGCAUCGCAGGCUCGGCCGCCAAGAGUGUGAGGCCGUUCCGCUCGAGCGAGGCCUACGUGGAGGCCAUGAAGGAGGACUUGGCCGAGUGGCUCAAUGCCUUGUACGGCCUGGGUCUGCCCGGCGGGGGCGACGGCUUCCUGAUGGGACUGGCCACCGGCACCACUCUUGCACCUGGGGCUCCCACCCGAGGGCCCCGCAUGACGCCCAUGGACCUGCGCAACCUGGACGAGCUGGUGAGGGAGAUCCUGGGCCACUGCACCUGCCCGGACCAGUUCCCCAUGAUCAAGGUCUCCGAGGGCAAGUACCGCGUCGGAGACUCCAGCCUGCUCAUCUUCGUGCGGGUGCUGAGGAGCCACGUGAUGGUACGCGUGGGUGGCGGCUGGGACACGCUGGAGCACUACCUGGACAAGCACGACCCUUGCCGCUGCUCCUCCACCGCGCACCGCCCGCCCCCGCCGAGGACCCAAACGUUCUCCCCGCAGAGGGUGUCACCCACUCCCAGCCCCCGAGCGGGCAGCCCAGCCCCAGGGGGUGAGCGGAGAGGCUCCCGGCCAGAGGUGAUGCCCAUGAGCUCACGAAGCGCCAAGGAGGGGCCCGAGACCCCACUCAGGGCCCGGGAUCAGCUGCCCCCGCAUCCCCGCUCCCGACGCUACUCUGGGGACAGCGACUCUUCAGCCUCCUCCGCCCAGAGCGGCCCCCUUGGUGCCCGAGCUCCAGGCCCUGACUCGGCCUACUGUUCCUCCAGCUCCUCCUCUUCGUCCCUCUGCGUCCUGGGUGGCAAGUGUGGCCAACCAGGGGACUCUGGCCGGGUGGCCAAUGGGCUGCCCGGGUGCCGGGGGCCAGCCCUGUCAAGCUCUUCCGAUGAAGGCAGCCCCUGCCCUGGUGUGGGGGGGCAGCCAGAUGCAUCUGGGAGUCACCUGGCUGGCCCUGAGCCCCCGAGGACCUGGGCCCGGGGCCGCCCAUCGGAACCCACGGUGCCCGGGGCCUGGCGUGCCCUGCACUCGGUCAGCCCACGGGUGGAGCCGGAUUCCUGGAUGUGACGGACCAGCCCAGCUGCCUCCAGGCCCCGCUGCUCCCUCUUCCUUUUCCUUUGUGGCCUUAACCCUCCGCAUCAGGGAACACCCACCCCCGCACCUCUCGGGUACCAGACCUCAUGGGACCAGACCCCUUACAUGGCACAAUGGGACCUCUUGUACAUUCCGAUCGGGGGAUGAGCAUCGCUAUUUAAUUACUAAUAUUAUUGAAUGCCUUAGAGGAGCCCAACGAGGACCCUCCCGUGGCCCUGCAGAGCCUGACAGUAAAGUUUUGUUCCGGCCA